AUGCGACGGCUUUGGGAGCAUGCACGGCAAAAGGGUAGAAGUAGCAAACAAUCUGACAGUUCAGUGUCUGCCUCCCCGCCCCUCCCAAUAAUAACAAACACACCUCAGGGGCUUGAGGUCGUGUACGAUGGGAAUGAUGCUAUCGUUGACAUCAUCGCCGUUCACGGCCUAAACGGGCACCGACAGAAAACAUGGACCGCAGCUAACAAUGUCCAUUGGCUCCGCGACCUCCUUCCACACGAUCUACCUCGCGCUCGUAUCAUGUGUUGGGGUUACGAUGCCAACACGCACGACAGCUCUCGCGUGAGCUGCCAAUACCUGUACGAUCAUGCACGUACCUUGGUUUCGGAUCUGUGCCGAAAGCGGCAAUUGACCAGCUCAACGAGACGGCCGAUCAUAUUUGUGGCACACAGUCUAGGUGGCAUCGUUGUAAAAAGUGCAUUGAUCCAUUCAGACGCAUCGCGACAAGGGGCGUUGCUCGAACACCGCUCCAUCAAGCUCUGUACAUAUGGCAUCAUCUUCAUGGGUACCCCACACCAAGGUGGUAACGGGGUGCAAUUGGGCCGAUUACUCGUAAACAUUGCUUCAGUUUUUGUCGCAGCCGAUAACCAUAUCCUGCAGCAUCUAGAACGAGACUCAGAGUGGCUGCAGCAGCAGCUCGGGCAAUACGGCCCGAUUACUAACGACUUUGUUACAAAGUAUGCUUAUGAGGCAUACGAGACUGCAACGGCAUUUGGCCGCAAAAUCAUGGUAGUCCCGCGUGCAUCGGCAGUCGUACCAGGCCAUGCCAAUGCCGAGUCGAUCGUCAUUCAUCACGACCAUAUCAACAUGGUAAAAUUUAUAAGCAAGGAAGACAAUGGCUAUGAGAAGAUUUCAGGGUAUUUGCAGAUUAUGGUGGUGAAUACGGGUGACCAGAUACGGCAGCGAUGGGAGGAGGAGGCAAGGAUAACAGAGGCUCGGACUGAUCCUGCGUUCAGUCGAUGGUUCCUACCUCUAAGCUUAUCCGGCGUCACUGAAGUCGCGCAUUUCGUGGCAAGAGAGGAAGAGCUUGCACAAACACAUGAGAUUUUGCGUGCUAAUAACAGACGACGUACUGCUGUCCUGUAUGGCUUAGGUGGGAUGGGUAAGACACAAUUGGCGGCAGCAUACAUUAAACGCCACCAUGCAGAUUACUCCGCCGUCAUCUGGCUGAACGCCAAAGAUGCAACAUCACUAAAGCAAAGUUUCGCUCAUGUGGCCGGGAGGAUCAGUCAACAGCAUCCCUCCACACUCUACAUUGAGAAUGCCAUCAAGGACAAGGAUCUCGAUCAGAUAACCGAGGCGGUCAAGCGAUGGCUAGGAGAGACUCACAACAGCCGUUGGCUCGCUAUUUAUGACAAUUACGACAACCCGAAAUUCCCCAAUUCCACAAGUGGGCCAGAGUCGAGCAAAGAGAUUGUAAAGGACGAAUCUGGUGCGAUAAACUCUGAGUCUCAGAUAUCGCUGGAGAAAGGGUUUGAUAUUCGACCCUUCUUUCCCAGCAGUUAUCAGGGUGCCAUUCUGAUAACAACACGAUCAUCUAUCGUCCAGCUUGGAAAGAUCGUUCGACUAGGGAAAUUGACAAGUGUUCAUGACAGCCUUCAGAUUUUGGCUUCCACGUCACAUCGACAAGGCCUCAAUGACGAUGAUGCCGCUCUGCAACUCGCGCAGCGACUCGAUGGGCUUCCCCUUGCUCUCUCCACCGCCGGCUCUUAUCUUAGUCAAGUGUCGACAAGCUGGGCUGAGUACCUGGAGCUUUACAACAAGUCAUGGCUACGACUUCAAGAGACUAGCCCACAGCUGCUUACCUACGACUACGCAAUGUACACUACCUGGGACAUUUCAUACAGGCACAUCGAGCGAGAUAACAAAACCGCCGCUAAGCUGCUUCAGUUGUGGGCAUAUUUCGACAAUGAAGACUUAUGGUUCGAGCUACUACAAAGUGGUGCAUCGGAUGCAUCAAAUUGGCUGCUACAAGCUGUACAAGACCGACUCUCCUUUGACCAGACGAUAAGAGUGCUUUGCAGCCAUGGGCUUGUUGAGGCUGACCCACCGACUGGAAAAUGGGGCACACAGUCCAACGGAUAUAGCGUGCAUGGAUGCGUGCACUCCUGGAUGGUGCACGUGCUGAACAAGGGGACCAAUGAAGAUAUGUCUGAACUAGCGAUGAGAUGCAUAGCGUCGCAUGCACCUAGCAAAGAUGUGGCAGAGUAUUGGUUGGUCCAGAGACGUCUUCUUCGACACGCAGAUCGAUGCCACACGAUGCUAGUAAAAACUCAAAACCUGCAAAAUCAUGAGUGGAUACCCGCCGUGCUGGGCAAUCUUUACGCUGACCAAGGUCGAUUGAAGGAAGCAGAAGAUAUGUACAAUCGCGCACUUCAAGGGGAAGAGAAGGCAUGGGGACCAGAACACACAUCAACGCUUAUUAUAGUUAAUAAUCUUGGUCUUCUCUACGCUAGCCAAGGUCGAUUGAAGGAAGCAGAAGAUAUGUACAAUCGCGCACUUCAAGGCUUCGAGAAGGCAUGGGGACUGGAACACACAUUAACGCUUGAUACAGUCAAUAAUAUUGGUCUUCUCUACGCUAGCCAAGGUCGAUGGAAGGAAGCAGAAGAUAUGUACAAUCGCGCACUUCAAGGGAAAGAGAAGGUAUGGGGACCAGAACAUACAUCAACGCUUAUUAUAGUUAAUAAUCUUGGUCUUCUCUACGCUAGCCAAGGUCGAUUGAAGGAAGCAGAAGACAUGUACAAUCGCGCACUUCAAGGCUUCGAGAAGGCAUGGGGACCGGAACACAUAUCAACACUCGACACAGUCCUUAAUCUCAGCAAUCUCUACAAAAGCCAAGGUCGAUGGAAGGAGGCAGAAGACAUGUACAAUCGCGCACUUCAAGGCUACGAGAAGGCAUGGGGACCAGAACACACAUCAACGCUCACCAUAGUCAAUAAUCUCGCAUCUCUCUACGCCGACCAAGGUCGAUUGAAGGAAGCCGAAGACAUGUUUAACCGCGCACUUCAAGGCAGAGAGAAGGUAUGGGGACCAGAACACACAUCAACGCUCGACACAGUCAAUAAUCUCGCAGCUCUCUACGCUGACCAAGGUCGAUUGAAGAAAGCAGAGGAUAUGUACAAUCAUGCACUUCAAGGCUACGAGAAGGCAUGGGGACCGGAACACACAUCAACGCUUAUUAUAGUUAAUAAUCUUGGUCUUCUCUACGCUAGCCAAGGUCGAUUGAAGGAAGCAGAAGACAUGUACAAUCGCGCACUUCAAAGCGAAGAGAAGGCAUGGGGACCGGAACAUACAUCAACGCUCGAUACAGUUAAUAAUCUCGGGGUUCUCUACACUAGCCAAGGUCGAUUGAAGGAAGCAGAAGAUAUGUACAAUCGCGCACUUCAAAGCAAAGAGAAGGUAUGGGGACCGGAACAUACAUCAACGCUCGACACAGUUAAUAAUCUCGGGGUUCUCUACACUAGCCAAGGUCGAUUGAAGGAAGCAGAAGACAUGUACAACCGCGCACUUCAAGGCUAUACAAAAGCACUGGGAGUCCCCAUGGUGGACACUUACCCCCCUAUGCUAAAGACUCUGGAGAAUCUUGGAGACUUGUUACGGGAUGUUGGUCGGCUUGAAGAGGCACAGAAAUACUAUCUUCGUGCAGGAGGUGGUGUUAGACUUGUGUACGGGUCUGAGAGUGAAAAAUAUCGGAGACUUUCCUCUAAGUUGCAAGUUCAUAAUUAG